GGCCCCCGCGGUGGGCCGGGGCCUGGGCCCGUGAGGGGGGCUCGGGCCUGCCCCGCCUGAGGGGGCGUGCGGGGCCGGUGCCGUCCGUAAACGGUCCCUGGGGGUCGCACAACCCCCGGUUACCGGCGCGUCCCGCCGGCCACUCUACGAAGGCGGACCGGCGCCGGCCCCCCCGCCGCUCCCGUGCCAAGCGGAGAUUAUAGGAGAAACAAUCUUUACAUAAGCCAGUAAAUGUUCAGAGGGAAAAUACACAUUGAGACAAUUCAAUAGCCAUGGCAAAGGACAAGAAGAAAGAAGGCAAGAAGACAGAAAGAUCAGCACGUUCUUCUAUUCCCACGCAAAAUACUACAGCUGGGAGUAGUUCAACAAAGCUGACAGAUUUGCAGACCUUAGUCAACGAAGGGGAAGAAACGCAGGCAAAUCCAGUCAUACCGCAUAAAGAACCAGAAAAGGUAGAGGAGCCUCCAGUCCCAGAUGUUCCUCAAUACAAGGAACCUCUUCUUACUGAAGUUAUUGUAAAAAGCUAUGAAGGUGAAAAAGUCAAUGGAUUGUAUGAGGGUGAAGGAUUUGCAUAUUUUGAGGGCGGAAAUACGUAUAAGGGUAUGUUUUCUGACGGGCUCAUGCACGGACAUGGAACUUACACAUGGGCUGAUGGAGUGAAGUAUGAGGGAACAUUUGUUAAGAAUGUGCAGAUGUUUAAUGGCUGUUACACAUGGAACGAUGGCAGCGUUUACGAAGGGUCAGUCAAGAAUGGAGUUAGGCAUGGAUUUGGAUUUUUCAGAAGUGGUACUCGUCCUGUUUCUUACAUUGGCUAUUGGUGUGAAGGCAAAAGGCAUGGAAAGGGUACCAUUUAUUAUGAUCAGCAACGUACCUCUUGGUAUUCAGGUGACUGGGUAAAUAACAUCAAAGAAGGAUGGGGGAUGAGAUGCUAUAAGUCUGGAAAUAUCUAUGAAGGUCAGUGGGAGAAAAAUGUACGUCAUGGAAAAGGAAGGAUGCGGUGGUUGACAGCUAAUCAGGAGUACAUGGGACAGUGGGUGUAUGGUGUGCAGCAUGGAUAUGGGACUCACAUAUGGUUUUUGAAGAGAAUGCCUGCAUCUCAGUAUGCUUUGAGGAAUGAAUACAUAGGUGAUUUUGUAAAAGGGGAACGGCACGGACGUGGCAAGUUCAUAUAUGCCAGUGGAGCCGUGUACGAUGGGGAAUGGCUUUGUAAUAAGAAGCACGGCAAGGGCAAGUUUGUCUUCAAGAAUGGUCAUGUUUAUGAAGGAGAGUUCGUAAAUGACUGUAUAGUAGAAUAUCCAGGUUUUCAAGUGGAUGCAGUGGAUGCAGAGGAGCUGAGCGCCAUUUGCCCAGGAGGUAAUUUUGGCACUGAAAACAUCACAGUCAUGAACGGCUCAGAUAAUACUUCUGUUCUGGGAUCAAAUAUUGAGUUGGAUAUAUCUUCACUGCUUGACUUGUUUCCAGCAGAAGAGAGACAUGAAGAAGCAAAACAAGUAGAAUUUGCUGUGUUGAGGCAUGUUACAGAACUGAGAAGAAUUUACACGUUCUACAGCAGCUUAGGCUGUGAUCAUUCUCUUGACAACACCUUCCUCAUGACAAAGCUCCAGUUUUGGAGAUUUCUGAAGGACUGUCAGUUCCAUCAAUCCAACAUAACUCUUGCCGAAAUGGAUCGGAUACUGAGCGGUGAUAAAACACCACUUGAGGAGAUCCAUUGUCCACAUGAGACUUUACUGUUCAGAACAUUUCUAUCUUACCUUGUCUGGCUAGCAUUUCGUAUCUAUUAUGAAGAGCACAAAGAGAAAGGUCCUUAUCUGCAGAAGUGUUUCUUAGAAAUGAUGUCCAGGAACGUUAUUCCCGCUGCCUGCCGUAUCCAAGGUAUCUUAUUUUCGGAAGAACGAUACACAGUUUUUGCCAUGAGCUAUGUCAACAAAUGCUGGGAAAUUUACAGAGAUUUUUGUAGGCCGAGUACCAGACCUCCAUUCGAACCUACGAUGAAUAUGAGGCACUUCCUUUGGAUGCUGAAUGAUUUUAAACUUCUCAGCAAAGAAUUAACUGCUUCAAGACUUGUGGAAAUACUUGUCAAGGACGGUCCUCUCCGUGACAGCAGUAGUGCCAACCUGGAGCAGGAGUUGGUUUUUCUUGAAUUUGUUGAAGCUCUUCUGGAUUGUGCUUUGGUGUAUGUUACCCGUGAUAUGAUUAAGGAGCAAGUAGACGGUGACUAUCAGAAAAUAAGCAGCUUUAGAACUGAGAAUCUCUCCAAGGGAACCACAAACACGUCUCUGUACCCACAAUAUUCUCUGUCCCAGUACACUUACAGCAGAAGUAUGAUUGAUACAGACAUAACCGAUGAUGUUUCCGAGGCAGCUGAGCUCUCUGCUUGUUUGGGGUUGUCUUCAAGCAAAAUUGUCAUCUCACAAGACAAAAUAAAGAAAUACGAGGCAUGGAGAUCCUGUGAGGACAGAGGGCAUUCUCGUCCAGAAUUUCUCCCGGAUACUGUUCUCUCAUUUCACACAAUUCAUGGAGGUAUCAAAGAGGUUCCGUCAUUGUUCGUCUGGGAUGCAAAAAAAGAACACACUUUCUCUCCAGCAAAGGAACUGACAGAUAAACCAAAAGAAGCCAAAACUGAACAAGAUGAGGAAUUUAGUCUGUGGAUGCAUCAGGUGCAGAUCUUUUUCACAGCAAAGUUCUUUCCUGCCUACCAGCAUGAAAAAGUGCUGAGGGAAAAAAUAAAAGCCAAUCGAGUACGGGAUGUGGAAUUGGCCGAGCUGAGAAGGAUCAAGGAUGAUGAGCUGGCAAAAGUUAUUGCUGAAAGAGAAGCGGAAGAGGCAAAGAGGCAAGAAGCAGCUGCAGCAGAAAAACCCCUUGACUCCAGGAGUGGGGAUUUUAAGGAGGUGGAGGAGCCCGUCGUGCAGGAAGAGGCACCCACUGUAGCACCCCCGCUCGUCACCAAGGCACCUACUGGCAAAAAGAGAAGGAAGAAAUAAAUCUUCUGAAGCUUCGUGUGCAGUAAGGUCUAAAAUACAAGUGCAAUUAACCAGCCAGGCUUGUGCAUAUGCUUUUGAGGGAACCUGUCUGCUCUCAGGAGGGAGAAGGGAGCAUUUGCGUGAGUGUAACCCCUUACACAAAACCAUUGCAGAAGUCAGUAUUUGACUUGUACCUAAAAAUUCCCUCAGUGCCCAUACAAGACGUGGCAUCUUGUCAUGACAUAAGUCCCAGUGAAAUGGUUUCUGCUCAAAACAUGAUUUAUUUGACUGAAAUACUGCACAUAAACACACAUGUAAGAGGUGGACAAAGGCUGUAACUGGGGCUGAGGCAGGAGCUGCGGGAAGGGCUCAGCCCAGGGCAGGCUUUCUCCAGGGGCCCUUUGUUACCACCCAGUUUCACCCUUAGAAAAUUAGCAGAAAGUGAGGAUGAUGUAAAUGACCACAGGAAAACAAAAAGAUGCCCUUGAAAGUGUAACAAUUAUUAGUUUUAAUUUUGCCGUAAAAUAUUCACGUAACGAUAUCAGAAUGGAAUGGUACAGAUGAAUUCAGACUGGCUUUUAAUUAGUUUGCACAUAAACAUUUUUAAAAUCUAAAAAUUUUUAUGAUCAGAGUUUACAGA